CUUGCGACGAGACAACCUGAGCAUUGUUGCAGUAACACUGCAGUGCCUCCCCUUUUUCUCCGCCGCUUCUCGCUUCAAGCCCUCUCUUCUUUCAUAAUAUUGAGCUGAAACAGGAAGAACUGCUGUUCCGCAUCUGCCAUAAGUUCGCGCUUUCUCCCUCCAAAAAUGAACUCCAAGCUCGAUCCCGAAUCAGGUGUGCUCUUAUCAGAUGCCACCAGACCUCAAUACCAAACACGAUCGUUCUGGGCACGCAACAAGAGCCGGAUGGCUCUGGCUUUCAUGCUGGCGUGCACAUGGAUUGUCUCGAGUAAUACUCGCAUAGUAUUUACUCGGAAAUGCCGUUCAGCAUUGUCCAUUGAGCAAAGAGUGGACAAGAUCUUAUCGGGAACACCGCUUAUAGACGGCCAUGACGACCUUCCAAUCGUCAUCCGGGAGAGAUUUCAAAAUCACAUCUACGGCGACGCUUUCAAGACCCCAUUCACCGAGGGCGGCUUGGUAGGCCAUGUUGAUCUCCCCCGACUGGCCAAAGGACGAGUAGGCGGCACUUUCUGGAGUGUCUUUGUUCAGUGUCCUGCCAACUGGACCGACUUCUCCAACGCAAACUAUGCUACUAGUGUUCGCCAGACUUUCGAGCAGGUAGACGUGAUGUUGCGCUUACAAGAGGCUUACCCCGAUACGUUCUCCGCGCCCCCGAAUGGCACCACUGCUCUCCAAGCCUUCCGUGAUGGGAAGAUCAUCUCUCCCCUUGGAAUCGAAGGGCUUCAUGCAAUCGGUAACUCAUUGGCCCAAUUGCGAGCCUUCCAUGCGCUCGGGGUCUCAUAUGCUACACUCACUCACAAUUGCCACAAUCGGUAUGCCGACGCGGCCCUGGUUGAGAUUCCUGGUGGUAUCAAGAAAGCGGACCCUCUCUGGCAUGGAGUAAGCGAAGCGGGUAAAACCCUCGUUCACGAGAUGAACCGACUCGGUAUGAUUGUCGACUUGUCCCAUGUGAGCACAGACACGAUGCGGGAUGUUCUGGGAGCCGGUAAAGACGAGUGGGCCGGCAGCCGCGCGCCCGUCAUCUUCAGUCACAGCUCGGCCUAUGCCGUGUGUCCACAUCCUCGAAAUGUUCCUGACGAUGUUCUGGAGCUCGUUCAGGCACGCAACUCUUUAGUUAUGAUCAACUUUGCGCCGGAUUUUGUUUCGUGCACUGCUGCAGAAGACCCAAGCGGGCUUCCACAUUUCGAGCCCGAGACUGCUACCCUGGCACAUGUGGUGGAUCACAUCCUACAUAUUGGCAACCUGAUCGGCUUCGAUCACGUCGGUCUUGGCAGCGACUUUGACGGUAUCCCCACCGUUCCCCAGGGUCUUGAGGAUGUGUCAAAAUAUCCGGAUCUGAUUGCGGAAUUGUUGAAGCGAGGUGUCAGUGAUGAGGAUGCAGGGAAGGUAGCUGGAGGCAAUCUGUUGCGGGUGUGGAAGGAAGUCGAUGACGUUGCUCUCAGAUUGCAGGCUGAGGGAGCACUUCCAGCUGAGGAUGACUUAGCUCAUGCCUGAUUUCGACUUGUCAAAUUGUUCGACGCGUGUAUCCCCCUUCCCAUUGGACCCAGAGCCACGUAAUGCCAGCCAGAGUCGGUGACAUGCGACCUCGGCGAUUGCAAUCACUUAGAAGUUCUACAUGACGUAUCUAGGCUUGUUAAAUCUGAAACGCUCAUCUGGAGCUGUGACAGUACUUUCCCGUGUUGGGCAGUUAGCACACUUACCUGCUUACUACCUUACCUAUAGAUUAGGGGUCAAGGGUUUAGGUUUGCGACUGGAAUUCCGUUCCGAUGUUGCCAAUCAUUCCAUGGCCAAUCGAUAGCUUCGGAUCAUGCAGUCACCCGCGAAUCAUGGUUUGGUCUGUUUGUACACGUAAA